AUGCCGGACGAAGUGUUGCUGCUGGGCUUGGGCGCGGUGGGCACACUGUAUGCCUACAUCCUCCAGAGCGGCGGUGCCAACGUCACGGCCGUCUGUCGCAGCAACUACCAAGUUGUGCGCGAUCACGGCAUUGACAUCGUGUCCGACAAGUUCGGCGAGCACCCCAAGUGGCGUCCCACACGAGUCAUUCAGCGCCCCGAGGACGUGGACGCCGUGGGCGUCACGUUCGACUAUAUCGUGUGUUGCUCCAAGCACGUCCCAGAUCUUCAGCCGGUCAGCGACGUGCUGCGUCCGUACCUCACGCAGAACUUUGCCAAAAAGCCGCAGCGACUGCCUGUGAUUCUGCUCCUGCAAAACGGCAUUGAUAUCGAGCACGAUUCGUACGAGGCCUUUGUGCAUACACCCGAGCCACUCGCUGCCUGCGUCAUGAGCGCCAAUUCAUGGGUGCCAGUGAUGCUUUUGAAUGGAGGUGCUCGCAUCGAACAUGGCAGUUUGGAAAGGCUCUCCAUGGGCGUGUUUCCCCCACCGCUCCGUGCGCCGCUCCCGGACUCGACGCGCGAGACUGUGCAUCAUCUACUUACGCUCAUGCUUCGUGGCGGCUCAGAUGCGCAUCUCACGAACGAUAUCACUUCCGAAAGAUGGCGCAAAGUGCUGUGGAACAUGAGCUGGGGCGGUGUAUCGCUGCUGGCUCGCCGUCCCGUGUUCGAGAUGCUGCAGGUCGACAUGCUGCCAUACACUGUCGGCAGCGUGCGCGGGAUUAUGCUGGAAAUCCUGACCGUCGCUCGCGCCUCAGGCAUGGGGGAAGACCGCCUACCCGCUUCCGUCAUCGAUCACACACUCCACGCCACGCUCCUGAAUACACCAGCCAAGCUGCGCAUGCUCCGAUCUCCUGACAUCAUCUGUGAUAAGCCCUCCGCGCCCAACUUCCGUCGUGACUUCAAACCCAGCAUUCUCAUCGAUCUCGAACUUCAGCGACCCAUGGAGCUCGAGCCCAUCUUUGGGAACAUCAUCCGCCGCGCGCGUCAAGUAGGCGUAGAUACGCCCCGCCUCGACUUGAUCGUCACGAGUAUCAAGCCGUCGCAGCUCGAGUACGUGCGUCGGAGCAAAGGCAUCGAUCACGAAACGCUCGUGCAGCAGGAAGGCGUGCACGACCUCCUGCCAAGUCUCAAUGCCACCGGCAGCGCACCCACCGGACCCGUGACCCUGUAG